AUGGCGGCGACAACAACAGCAACACCCGCCAUGGAAGCGCCCGCGGGGCAGACAUCAACCUUCGACGGACCGAUGACGGACGCGCAGUGGGAAUUUGUCCGGACAGGUGCCGGGCUGGUCGGCGGAGCGACGGUGGCGCUGGCGCUGCGGAUAUGGGCGCGGGCGGGCGUGAUGAGGCAUUUCGGACUGGACGAUUAUGCGGUUGUGGCAGCCUGGUUGCUGAGUGUUGCGUUUUUCGUUUGCGAGGUGCAGUGGAUGCAGUACGGUUUCGGUGACCACCUGUGGAACGUGACCGUCGCGCAGGCGAAAGAGUACGCUCAGUGGAGCAUACCAGUGCUCACAGCCUAUUGCUGGGCGCCGAUUCUAUCCAAGUUUUCGAUACUUAUCCUAUAUCACCACCUGAAUCCCAAUAAAGCCUUCCGUGUCGUGGUAUACAUCAUGAUAGCCAUCAUAGUCGGCUAUUCUGUGGCAUCGACGGUAGUGGUCGGCGCCAUCUGCAGACCAACCGACGCUACCAAGAGCCAAUGUCUCGACAACCUUACAUUGAUUCAGGCAAUAGUCAACAUCUCCACGGAUGGCCUGGUGAUUAUAAUGCCCGUGUCCAUUAUCCACAAGCUCCAGUUCCCGCUCGGUCAGUUAAUGGUAGUAGGAUUGGUGAUGGCCGGUGGUUUUCUCGCCGUGGCCGCCGCAAUAAUACGACUUAUCACAAUCCAGAGCAUCCGUGGUCUCGAGGACUACACUUGGGAGCAGACCCACGUCUCGUUGUGGUCAACGAUAGAGAUCAACGUCAUCAUCAUCUGCCAGUGCCUCAUUUCGCUCAAGCCGCUGGUCAAACACUACAUGCCGGGCAUGCUCGACGACGGCGUCUACUCGAAGUCACCCAACAACCGCGGCCGCAGCCUGAGCAGACUCAGCAUUCCCUUCGCCAUGAUGACCAAAGGAACAACCGGCGUGGUGGGUGGCAGCAGGAUAUCAAAGGGCUGGUGGAGGAGCCCGAAGAAGGACGAGAUCAUCAUCACGAAUACGUACGAGGUGGCAAGUACCUACGAGAUGAAAAUCGGCGGCGGCACGGAGAGUCAGGAGAAUAUCAUAAGAGGGAAGCAUUGA